GUUCGUGCGCAGUGAUUCCCCUCCCUCUUUUUCUCCCUUUCACACUCCAAUCCCUCCCUAUUCCUACACCUAAUCCCUUCAAUCACUACCCUCCUAAUUGUACUACAAAUAAUCAAAUCUUUUCCUUCUUUUUACACAAAAAUACAUAAUCUCUUCAACUACAUCUCACAUUCUUUCUCUUUUUUUCUCACUAAAUAUUCAAAAUUUACCUAUUCUUCCAUAAUCAUCCAAGAAGUUGAGCAUAAUGUAUGACCUUGAGAGAGAAAUAGUGGGUCCUAGAUCGAGAGACAUUCUUACUUUACAAGCUACACAUCGUUCGCACUGACGGCAUUCGUUUGGCAUCAUACUUCCCAAUCAUUCCGAUUAUUUUAAUUAUAUUCUCAGAAAAGGCGAUCCCCUUUCUAUUCGAUUUCAGUACUCCGCCGGCAGUGCAAAAGCUUUGCAGAUUCAGGUUUCCAGGGAUGAAUUGCCUUCACUAUCAUCUUCCUAGAUUCUCUCCCUCGCGAGUGAAAAGCUUACGUGGAUGUUCCAGAAAGCCUUCGUUGCCGUCGUCCUCUGUAGCUACCCCACUGGGUUUGUUGAGAGCUACUGACCAUAGUCCGAGGAUGGUGGUGCAGGCAGUAUAUGGCUCUAAGUCUGAUAUAGGAAAAGAAAGCACCAAAAUGGAGGGAAAAUCUGAUACAUAUAGUCACAAUAUGACAGAAGCAAUGGGAGCUGUUUUGACUUAUAAGCAUCACUUGGGAAUGAACUAUGACUUUAUCCGUCCAGAUUUGAUUGUUGGAUCAUGCUUACAGAGUGCUGAGGACGUGAACAAGCUCCGCAAGAUUGGAGUGAAAACUAUCUUUUGCUUGCAGCAAAAUCCUGACCUUGAAUACUUCGGGGUUGAUAUUAAUGCCAUUCGUGAAUGUGCAAUCAAAAGUGGUGACAUUGAGCAUGUGCGUGCUGAAAUAAGGGAUUUUGAUGCAUUUGAUUUGAGGAUGAGGCUACCUGCUGUGGUUAGCAAAUUACACAAGGCCAUCAAUAGAAAUGGUGGCAUAACCUACAUACACUGCACUGCCGGACUUGGCAGAGCACCUGCUGUAGCGGUGGCAUACAUGUUCUGGGUUCUGGGGUAUGGACUCAAUGAAGCUUACAAUUUACUCAUGAGCAAGCGUUCAUGCGUCCCGAAAUUGGAUGCCAUAAAAAGCGCCACUGCUGAUAUUCUUACAGGUUUGAAAAAGAAUCCAAUAACAUUGACAUGGUAUGGGGAUGAUUGUUCCAAUGUGGAAGUCUCUGGACUUGAUAUUGGAUGGGGCCAGAGAGUACCUCUUGAAUUUGAUGAAGGACAGGGUUCUUGGACUCUCCGUAGGGAAUUUCCAGAAGGAAUUUACGAGUACAAGUACAUCGUUGAUGGUGAAUGGGUGUGCAAUAGCGCUGAGCCUAUCACCUCUCCAAACAAAGAUGGCCAUGUCAAUAACUACGUCAAAGUUUUAGACAAUAAGAGAGACAGCUCAAGUGCUGGAAUUCGGGAAAGGUUGUGUGGUGAUGACCCCGAGCUUACUCAAAGCGAACGUGUUAUGAUUAGACGAUUUCUUGAUGAAUUCCCCAUUGAAGGUUGAGAACCAACACGUGUAAGUUGCUGCUAACUUGUGCUCUACAUGAAAAUGUUUAUAUUUAUAUACUCCGUAAAAAAACAUCCGAUGUAAAUGUGCCAAUGAGCUCUCUCUAUAUAUAGUGUGUUUUAGAUUCAGUUGUAAAUGUUGCCUCAAGUGAAUGUUCCAUUUCCUGGAGGAAAUAAUAAUGCGGAAUAAUAAAUGAUCAGAAAUAAG